UCUUCUGUUUCCGUUUCCGCCUCCGCGUCUCCCUCCAACCUCCUCCCCUCCUCUCCCUCUCCUCUUCCCUCCUCCGACUCUCGUUUACGUCCUCUCCGUCGCCUUAGUCAACUGCGUGCCUACACUCAACUCCAUUUUUCUUCCCCUCCUCCUCAACAACCACAACAACAACAACAACAACAACAACAACAGCAACCCAGUGUCGCCUCCUCUUCCUCUUCGUCCACCAACAGCCAGCGGGUUUCGCGUCGUCAUACUCUCGGUAGUCGAGUUUCUUGGUUUUCAGCCGCCUCCACCGGACCCGAUUCUUCGACCUCGACAGUGGGGACAACCACCCGGGCCCCAUGUCCCGAAAGUGAACAUCAGUCCACGUUCGCCCGCUAUAGCUCGGUUUUUUCCCCCAGCUACCGUGGCCUCGAACUCGACUUGCGCUCCCAGCCAUCCCCUACAGAAUCGUCCAACUCCCCUCUUCGCAACGAGACGGCCAUUACCACUGGGAACCAGACACAGGAAAUCAUGGCGCGACCCCGAGGUUCAUCACAGGCCGUCGAGGCGAGGCCUAACGGGGAGGUGUCGAGCGCAGGGAACAUCCAGCCUGGCGCCCUUGAGAGUCCCGAUCCAGUCGUGUCCGAAAGCCCGUGUACUGCGUCCCCGCGACCGAAACAAAAAGCCACCAUCCGUUUCUUUCCCCACCAAGACUCGCACGCCAGCAGCCGCCCUUCAUUGCCUUUCAUCCCAAUCUCUCGCACAUUACCAUCCGAUAGUUGUGUUAUUCGCGUUGGGCGAUACUCUGAGCGGGAUGGCACGCCCGUGGCCAACCCCACAGAGCCUUCCGAUGCCCCUGUCGGGUUCAAGUCAAAGGUCGUGAGUCGCAAACACUGCGAGUUCAUGUAUCUAAACGGACAGUGGCAUGUCAAGGAUGUCGGCAGUUCGUCAGGCACCUUUCUCAACCACAUGCGACUGAGCCAGCCGAACAUCGCCUCCCGACUUUAUACCAUCAAAGAUGGGGAUAUUGUGCAGUUAGGGAUUGACUUCCGCGGUGGCGAGGAAAUGAUCUUCCGCUGUGUCCGCAUACGGAUCGAAUGCAAUCGGUCCUGGCAGCAGCAGCCCAAUGAAUUCAACAAAAACACCGAAAAUCUUAUCAAGAAUCUUGGAAAGGGGGACACCGCGGAUUACUCUGGAUGUCGAGAAUGCUCCAUCUGCCUGGGAUCUGUUCUACGCCCUUACCAGUGCCUUUUCAUGGCCGCGUGUGCCCACGUCUGGCACUACAAAUGUGUCAGCCGCCUGAUCCAUACACCCGACUAUCCCAUGUUCCAAUGCCCCAACUGCCGUGCCUACACCGAUUUAAGUGCGGAGGUAGACGAUACCAACGACUUUGAGGAGCAAGAGGAAUCGAAAUCCGCUUCUGCGGAAGAUAAGCCCGACGCCCUGGAACCCGCUCGGUCGGAGACACAUACCCCUCAACCGGACCCCAACGCUAUCACACAACCCUCGCGGACUUCUGGUAAUGAGCGGCACCCUGAGACUCGACUCCCCGUCGAGGCAGGACUGGCCGCCAAUAUCGAGAAUAUGCGGCUUCAAGAUUUAGAUGCGUCGGAUGAUAAUUCCUCCCAGCCGCCGGCGCCUACAUCGAAUCCUGAUUCUGUCCCGUCCAAUGCCAACAAUGAAGUUCCCGGCUGGCAGUCGUUGACCCAGUCGCCCCCGUCCGCUCAAACUCGCCCGGCUCAAUUGCGUGCUGAAACGCCCGUGCGCUCUGAGUCGUCGGACGAGAACCCUCUGACGCCGUUGAAUGAUUCGGGCCCGUUGGCCCUCGACGGCCGGGCUGCAAUG